GUUCGUCAUGCCUCAAUGGAUUUCAAUGAUGAGUUGAGUUAUGAUCACUUGCCUACACAUCUUGAAGCAUUGUUUCGCCUAUAGCCGAUUGUUCCCAAAAGAUCACAAAUUCGAUGUUAAAAAAAUGAUACAGCUGUGGGUCGCUCAGGGGUAUGUUAAGUCAUCUGAUUCAUCAAACCAGUUUGAUCUCGGUUUCGAAUAUUUCAAGGAUCUUCUUUGGAGGUGUUUUUUUCAAGAAACAGAAAAGGAUGAAUGUGGAAACAUUAAAUUUUGCAAAAUGCAUGAUCUAAUGCAUGAUUUAGCUAUAUCAGUUGCUGGAGAAGAGAUCAUCUCUUUGGCUAUCUCAAACUCACCAAGUUCACAUAGCGAUGAUUCAGCUUUAAAUAGAGUUCGUCAUGCCUCAAUGGAUUUCAAUGAUGAGUUGAGCCCCGAGGAAUUGAUGUCGCAUUGGACUUCCACAAUCAACAAGGAAAAGAAGUUGAGGACUCUUUUCCCUACAAAUCAGGAUUGGUUGAAUGGAAGAGAAAAUCUUGGUGAAAUCACCUACUGUAAUACAACAAGCCUAAGGAUGUUGGAUCUUGGUCAUUUCAGGAUGUUGCACGUGUCACAUACUAUUCACAAAUUGAAGCACCUUAGACAUCUCGAUCUUACUGAGAAUCUCAUGGAGAUGCUACCAGAGGAGAUCACCGAGCUAGUAAACUUGGAAGUCCUCAUAUUGGAGGGUUGUUGCUUACUUAAACAGCUGCCGAGAAACACAUGGAAGCUAUCGAGUCUAGUUCACCUUGGGCUGGAUGGGUGUAGAGAUUUGACAUGUAUGCCACGUGGAAUUGGGCAACUAUGCUGUCUAAGAGAACUGGUGAUAUUCCGCAUUGCAGAAGGGGACACUGAGCAUAGCUCACCAUCAGCUGGGAUUGGUGAGUUGCAAUACUUGAACAACUUAAGGGGAAGCUUGAGAGUUGAAAAUCUUAAGUGGGUGAAGAACCCAUGUGAAGGCAAGUCAGCUAACUUGGGAGACAAGAAGCAUCUGGAGAAACUAGAGCUGUCAUGGGAAUCUUGGGGCGGGGGCAGUGAUGUUUCCAUGGAAGGAGAGUUAUUGGAAGCAUUACAUCCUCACCCCAACUUGAAGUUGUUACACUUGCGAACUAAUGCUGGAUUGAAUUGCCCAAGCUGGCUUCCUUCUUUGACAAGUUUGGUGGAGAUUCAGAUUGUGAGUUGCAAGAACUGGAAACGCCUCCUGCCGUUGGAUCAUCUGCCUGCCCUUACAAAAUUGGAGCUCUCAAAUAUGGAAUCCUUGGAGUGGAUAGAGAGUAGUGUGCCAUUCACUUCGCAACUGUCAUCUCCGUCCUCUUUUUUCCCUUCUCUCAAGUCCUUGAAACUUGAGCGCUGUCCUAAUCUAAAGGGAUGGUUGAUACCGGCAGAAUCAUUGCCCGAAUUUGCUUGUGCUUCUGAAGUCGACAUAUCGGAAUGCAAUAGCAUCAUGUCCAUUCCCUGUUUCUCCCCACAAUUGCAAUCUCUUGAGUUAUCUGGUGGCAGCAAAGACAUGUUGAAGCACAUCCUGAGAAUGCCCUCUGCUUCUCUUCCCAACUCUCCUCCACCUUCGUGCUCUCAUUUCGAGGAUCUCUAUCUUCACGACAUAGAUGACCUUGAUACUCUACCAGAAGAGAUACUCCCACGUUUUUCUUCAUUGAAAACACUAUCCAUCUCAGGGUGUUGCCAUCUCAGCACUCUGUAUCCAUCCCUGCCAUAUUGCCUCGAUUCUCUCGAGAAACUGAAGAUCGAAAAUUGCCGGGAAUUGGAUCUGUUUGACGUUAUUAACAGGGAAGAUGCUGCACAAGUGCCUAUGCUGCAGCAGCAUGAUGCUGUCCUGACAAGCCUCUCUCAGGUUACUUUUGAGGAAAUUCCAAAGUUGAUUUCUCUCCCGGAGUGGCUUCAGUUUGCUACAAGCUUGAAAUGUAUUGAGAUAGCAGAUUGCCCAGUCACCUGCAUGCCAGAGUGGAUUCCCAAUCCCACACAUCUACGAGACUUGACAAUCUUUUGCUACAACAAAACUGUGGCAGAAUUUUUGGCUGAGAAUUUUACCAAGGUUGCUCACAUUUCACGGGUUCAAAUAGAUGACACGAUGAUCAUGAUAGAUGGUCGAUUCAAUGAGGAUUGGGCGGACAAUGGAGAAUAUGAAGAAGAAAAAGAAGAAGAUGAAGAAGAAGAAGAUGAUGAUGAUGAAGAAGAAGAUGACGAUAAUGAAGAAGAAGAAGAUGAUGAUGAUGAAGGAGAAGAAGAAGACAUCGAGAAUGAAACAGAACAAGUAACGGAGGGGAAGGAAGUAGGUGAAGAAGAAGCGACAUCCAAACUAGGGUGGUUCCUGACGAAUUGCGCCAUGAAACUGACGAAAUGCUGUAGCGUAUUCCUGAGAUGUUUUGAAGGCAGCAGCAGCAGGUCAUGAGACACACCGCAUUCAGCUGCAACAGGAGCAGCAGAAGCUCCAUGGUGCUGUUACAGCACACAUAUGCUCCGGUUCUGAUCUUGACAUUCCCCAUAUAAUAGCGUGUUCCAUGUUACAUCUUUUAGCGCUAACAUUUUUAACGAUAGUUGGGAGAUUGCGACGAGGCUCUAUAAUUGCGGGACAUACUGUAUUAUCUGUACAAGACAACAGUGGGGGUAAUUUUCAGAGGAGGCUCAUGCAGCUGAAGAUAAGAACAGUGAAGCAUCUUCAUUCAGUUGAUGUCCCAGAGUAACGAUUAUCCAACUUUAACCAUGGUUUCGCUCUAGGGAAAGAAGUUGAAGGGAGUAUUGUUGUUUGCUUGCCCACAGGGAUGCUCGAAGUCGAAGUCGCUGUUUAUGUUGGUUGAAGUUGCUUUUGACUUUUCUCAUGGAGGUCUGUCUGGGUUUGUCUCUGGAGUGGGCUGGCGGCGGCGGAAGGUCUUCCAUUUUUCUGGCUUGGCUCAUCUGGGGACCUUGGUCCUGUUUAUCCCCUGCUUAUGUCUCUGUCUUUGGGAUAUUCCCCCAUCUGUUUCUCUUACUUUUUGUGUUGGCAUCUCUUAAGCCCAAAUGCCAUAACUAGCAUCAUGAACCUUGGCUGUUUUGUGGUCAAGGGCAGCUCGCAAAGCUCUUCAACAAAUCUGAACGCAUCCUCCACCUCAAUCCCAUCUGCAUCUGCAUCUGCAUCACAAAGGGUUCAAGUAGGACGCCUCGAAAGCAGCCGUCCAGUGCCUCGAACUUGGAGUCUCAGGAGAAUCCCAAUCGUGCGGCCUCGAGAAAUCUAUGAAUGGAAGCUUUUCUAGGUGCUUUUCAAUGUUACUAUUAGAGCCCAUAAUGAUGAUAAUUAAGUAGCUAAGCUUGUUGCUAGGUUGUGCCUAAAACUGCCUGCCUGUGUUUUUGUAACUGGUUUGGACGUCUUAACAGACAUGUCGACAUAUACAGUACUACUUAAUUUAAUCCUGGCUCUGCUUGUCUUGCGGUGGAUCAGCAACAACAGUGUGGUGUGGAUGCAUGGUGGUGGUUAUGGAAUAUUCUAAGUUAUCUGCAGCCUUAAUUUGGACCAACUGAAAUAAAUAUUCUACUUCCAAAUAAUUAACUUGAUUAAGU